UCAGGGAGAGAAACUGGAAUGAAUUACUUUCUUAAAGGAAGUGGUCAUUCAAAGGCAGAAAAUCCAAGUCACCUGCAAUCUUCUUGUCCACUUUGCCAAGGGAUGGGUUGUGUUGGGUCCAAGAACAGGAAGGGAGAACUCAGCUGGGGUCAGGGAGCGGGGGUAGGAGCAAAUCCCGCAGCGCAGAAUGUGAGACGAACCAGCCCGGGAGACGCGGGCCGCCUCGGGAAGGGCGCAGAGUAGGCCCAGCAUCUCGAAAGGGCUUUGAUUUGAUCCUCCGCGCGGAACAAGUUCACCCCCCUCUCCGCCCCGUACCCAGUUGUCCCCGGCCCUCGCGGGUGCCCGCACAAUCCGUCCUCCUCGUCCACCCCCGGGAGGCCAGAGCCCUCGUUCCGCACUCCCGGGACGCCCGAGGCGGGCCACAUCCUUGCAUCUGCGCCGUCGGAGAUCCAGCAACCCCCACCCCGAGUCAGUCCACCCUCAGCUCAGCCCUUCCAGGUGAUGGUGUGUGGCCACUGCGGCCCCUGGCGCGCAGGUGUGGGCUUCCCAAACUGGGCCGGGGAGGGGGCUUUGGGCAACGUGCUGGCAGCCUCGGCAGACGCCGGAACCAAAUCCGGCACCCUCCGGAAGAAUCCAAACUCCGUGCCCUUUGCUGCUAGGAGCUUAUGGAAACCGUUCCCCGACCGGGUUUGCUCUGAGAGGGAUACAGGGCUAUCUGCAGGCCUGGAUGAAGGAGCCCUGGGCUUUAAGCUGAGCAGGCAAAAAUGGGCCCCUGCUAGGGGCUCUGCGGCUCGCGUGGGGGACCCAGGGGAGCGGUGCCCCGAGAUGACUCUGGCCGUGCCCAGCGGCCCCCAGCCCCGGCCAGGCCGCUUUCCACCCUGGACAUCAUGAGUUACUUUCUAUCUUACUGUAAAGCUCAUGGCGGUGCACUGCUCACCGGCUACCAGGCCCUGCGCGCGGAGGGCUUCCUGUGCGAUGUGACGCUGGAGGCCGAGGGCAGCGAGUUCCCGGCCCAUAGGUCGCUUCUCGCGUGUUCCAGCGACUACUUCAGGGCCCUGUUCAAGAGCCACACCCGGGAAUCCAGGGCGCGCGUGAUCCACCUGCACGUGCCGUCGGCGGCUGGCCUGCAGCGCCUGCUGGACUUCAUCUACACCGCCUGGCUGCCGCUCUCCAUGGACACGGUGGAGGACACGCUCGAGGCCGCCAGCUAUCUGCAAGUCACCGAAGCAUUGGGGCUGUGCGGUCGCUACCUGGAGCGCCAGCUGGCUCCAGAGAAUUCUUGCUUCGCCGCCAACGUGGCUGCGCGCUUCGGCCUGGCGCACACGUUAGGCGUGGCCGAGCGCUGCAUCGUGCGCCACCUGCGGGAGCUGCUGGUGCGGGGCGCGGGCCCCGCGGGGCUGCUGGAACUGAACCCCACGUCGCUGAAGGCUGUGUUGGGUGCCCCCGACGUGGCGCGGGUGCCUGAGACCUGGCUGCUGGGUCUGGCGUUGGCCUGGCUGCGGCAGGAGCCUGAGGCCGAACGCCUGGCCUACUGCACCUCGCUGCUUGAGCGCGUUCGCUUCGGCCUAGUACCUGCAGACGUGCUGCGGCGCGUGUACUCGGGCUCUGGCCUCGUGCUGCCCGCCCGGGUUAAGGGCCUCAUUAUCCAGGCCCUCAACUACCACACUGCGCCCUCCCGCCAGCCGCUCGUGCAGGGCGAGCAGACCAGCGUCCGGAGCCCCCAAACUCGCAUCUUGUUGGUCGGAGGGCGCAGGGCGCGGGAGGCGGUGACCGAGGAGGUCGCGGCCCCACCGCCGGUAGCCAGGGGCAGGGGCGCCAUGGCGGAGCCCGAGGAGGAGGAGGAGGGGGAGGAGGAGGAAGGUGAGUUGGAAGAGGAGGAGGAGGAUUGGGAGCUCACCCAAGACGUGGUGGCCUUCGACGUGUACAACCACCGCUGGCGCAGUCUCACGCGGCUGCCUGCACCGCUACUGGGGCACAGCGUGUGCACCGCAGGCAAUUUCCUGUUCGUCCUGGGCGGGGAGAGCCCUUCGGACGGCGCUUCCUCACCCCUGGCAGGCGGACAGCGGGCCGUCACGGCCCAAGUGCACCGUUAUGACCCGCGCUUCCACGCUUGGACGGCGGUGCCCGCUAUGCGAGAAGCGCGGGCCCACUUCUGGUGCGGCGCGGUGGGCGAGGCACUCCUGGCCGUCGGGGGUCUGGGCGCCGACGGCGAGGCGCUGGCGUCGGUAGAGAUGUACGACCUUCGCCGGGACCGCUGGACGGCUGCCGGGGCGCUGCCGCGGGCGUUGUAUGGCCACGCGGGGGCCAUCGGGGACCGCGGCAUCGUGUACAUCUCUGGGGGUAAGGCGGGGAGAGGCGAGGGCAGCUCGAGCAGCCUCCGGGACAUGUACACCCUGGGCCCUGGGGAGCGACCGUGGAGCAAGAGGGCGCCCAUGAGCACUGCCCGCUUCGGGCACCACAUGGCUGUGCUGCGAGGCGCGGUGUUCGCCUUUCUGGGGCGCUAUGAGCCCUUCUCUGAGAUAGAACGCUACGAGCCCGGCACGGACCAGUGGACUCGACUGCGGCCGCUACCUUAUGAUCGCUUCUGCUAUGGGCUGGCCGUUGUGGAGGAGACGGCGCUGCUGCUGGGCGGCCUCAAGUGGCGGGAUUCGCGGCAGGUGUCUACCCGCAACGUGGUGGGCUACGACCUCGACCUGGACCGCUGGGAGGACAUUGGCUGCGCGCUACCCUGGGCCUGGAACGGCCUCCAGUGUGCAGUGUUGCAGCUGGCUGAGGGUGGGGAUGAGGAGAGGGAGGGAGGGUUCGGAGAAACGCCAGAUUUAAUGCUGGGCUUAAUGGGUUAGUGCAGUCUCCGGGAGACAGGAGAGAAAAAGUCGCGCUUGAGCAGGUUUACAGAGUAAUACGUAGGCUUUUCCUAAGAAUGGGACUCUGGGAGCAGGGCGGCUUCUGAAGUUUAAAUAUGCAAACAAGGGCUUGGCCCAACAGGAACAUAUCCCCUUAAGCUGAGAAUGGGAGACAGGAUGAGUCAAAACAGAAGGAUAUAUGAAUCGGCUUCAGUGAGCUGGAAGUCUAGGAAGACUCACGCUGGACUAGAGAUGGACUUUUGCAAAGAAGAUAUGACCCUGUUUUCCCUCUUAAAGUGUUUCCUUAGGUGCUAGACUGAUUACUUGUGCCAAACAAGGCCAAAAAUGUACAAGAAAUUAUAUACAAAACCUAGAAAAUUGUUAGCUAUAAAAGCUGUAAUAAAUAGUCCGAAAAUAUGGCAUUAUCUGAAUAAAUAGUGAAGGGAAAGUGCCUUCAUUAAAUAGCAUGAAAUCACUGUAAGGAGAGCUAUGAUUUUAUGAUCCAGAACCAUGUUUAUAGUUCUGAUGGUUUAAUAUAAAUGUAGAACUGAGAGAGAAAAAAAAAUCUCUAAGAAAGCACUUGUUUUUGGAAAAAGUAUACUAGGUUAAGUUUUUGUGUCCCUCAUCCUUAAUCCCUAGCCUGCUUUUGCCUUGGCUUUAGGCCAUUCAUUGGUUUUAUCUCAGCAGUCCUGAGCCAUAAUAAUCAGGCUCUUUUGGUUAAGCGGCACAUCUAGCAAAACCCAAACCUGUUUCUUUCAUCUUUAAAUGUUCAUUCUGCAGACAUACCAUAGGUUAUAUUUGUAAAAAAACAACCCCAAAAAACAAUAACUUAUUUUUGGUGGUGCACCCCCCCCCCCAACUUCCCAAGAAUCAACAGAGGAGGAAAGAGGAGUAUGUGAAAUUUUCAAUUUGUGGCAGUUAAGUGGGAAACCAGCUUGAUUUUGCAGGGUCUCAGAAAACAUACUUGCAUACCCUGAACAGCUGCUGCUUCUGGCUUAUACCACCAGUGGAGUGGCAAAGUUAGAACUGAUAACUAGGGAAGGGGGUAGGGGGAAGAUGGCUCUGUGAUUAGGUCUCAAAGAAAUGUGGUGAGGAACUCUGCAUGAAUAAAGUAGGUGCUUUGUAAGGAUUCAUUAAGAGCUAAAUUUAUUUCACUUCAGUUUACAGUGCUGCCUCUCUCCUAGAUUUGAAACUAAUGCAAUAAAAUGUACAGAUAAAUA